CAUUUACAAACGUAGGCCAGGAAAGCGCUAACCUCGGCCCUGUGGCUUCAUGCAGGUUCCCAGGACACGCCUAUUACAUUGUUACUGAACCGAUCAGCAGAGACAAACCUGCCAACAUUUUGUCUACUCGCUGGAUUUCAUCUCCAUGGCAACAAGCAUGGAAGGACAAGAGGAGAUUCCAGCAGAAAUUCUGAAGACCCAUGAGAAUGUAACACUGAAUAAUGAGUAGUAUUUACUGUGGCAACUCCUCAGCUAAGAUGAGUGUCAAUGAAGUCUCAGCUUUCUCAUUAACGCUGGAACAAAAAACUGGCUUUGCUUUUGUUGGAAUUUUGUGUAUCUUCUUGGGACUCCUUAUUAUCAGAUGCUUCAAAAUCCUGUUAGACCCAUACAGUAGUAUGCCUUCCUCAACAUGGGAAGAUGAAGUUGAAGAGUUUGAUAAAGGAACAUUUGAAUAUGCACUUGCAUGAGAGUUUCAGCUUUGUGGGUUUUAAAGUUAUGUUAUUGGGACACAUGGUGGAUACAAUUGAAUGUACCUUGAGUGUAUUGGAGAGAUGUUCAUUUCAUUCACUGAAUUCAAUCAUUGUGUAUGGUAAAUUUAUUCACCAUGCUGGGCUCUUUGGUCUCCAUAUCAAGGUUGGUAAAGACAAGCGCUAAGAUUGUUCCAGCCGUACAUAUCAUCUUUGUCCUAGCAUCUGCCUUGAAACUCUGCUUCCUUUUUGUGCUAGUGAAUUGUACUGGAGGCUUCCUGCUCUGUCUCUGUGCAAUGCCUAGGCAUGGCCUUCACAUUCUGGAUUCCAGCCCCCUAAUUUUGUGAAUCAGGCACUUAGAUGUAAGUGUUCUGCAGUCCAAAGAAUAAAGA